AUGGGUGAUUAUAAAUAUAGUGGGACUUCGGUCAAGGAGCUUAUUUCUAGAGAAGGGGAGAGCCGGAAAAAGCUCCUGGACGACUACUCAACCCUGAACAGGCAGCACGAUGCCAUGAAGGGUUUUCUCGAGUAUGCCAGGAAGGAGAUGGUAGUGCACAACACUGAGUUUCAUCUGCACAAGAGGCGAUUGGUCGACAGGAAUGGAUCGGUGAGGAUACUUUGUGCAGAUUUGGGGAUCAAGAAAUCGUUCGUAGAGACCCUGGCAAGGUCAGAAAGCUUCGAGGACUUCAUCGAAACGCUCGUGCAAGUCUGCAAAACGUUUGAGAAUGAAAUACAAGACAACCACAAGGCACUCAAGGCUGAUGGAAUAUUUUGGGAUGAGACCACCAGCACAGAUUUGUCCAACGCGCGAGCCCUUGGACUUUCUUGGGUGCCAAAAACCAGAAAGCAGGUCGAGAAGGCCAGAAGGAGCUCAAGGAGUUCGAGAGCAAUGAGCAUCGUAGACGAAGAAGACAUGCUGCAGUUGGUGGCGUCAGCUAAAAACGACACAUCCAACAAAAUCCAGAUCGUGUCCAUCUGGAAAGAUUUCUUCGGUCAGCCCAUCCUCUCUGGUUCCAUCCUAUCAGGCAUCGUGUCAGAAGCAAACUUCGCCGAUGUCAUCCAAGGGCAAGAGGGUUCCAGGUUCCCCCCGCUGGAUGAGUAUGGAGGACAAGGCUCGAUGACGCCUGCGCAGUCAAAGUCAGGGGCUGCGGGGCUGUGGUUGGUGGAGGUUGUGGACAAGGAGGGAUGUACCCCUUUGAUCGCCUGCGCAGAAGCUGCGGGCAAGGGGAAGAAUCCUGGGGUCGGCGUCUCGGCUGCGAUCUCCCUGCUCAUGCACGGAGCAAACCCCGAGCACAUUGUGAAUCUUCCUGGCACUCCGUCCCGGAUGGCUCUUGGAGUGGCGCUGGACAACAACAACAAGAGCCUGAUCUCUCUCUUCGCCGCACACUCUCGGUUCGUAGCAGGAGGGUACUCGGUCUCUACCGACGCCAUUGCCGACAUGCAGCCCGCGCAUUUGAGUUGCUUGCAGAAACUGAAGAGAAGCAGAACCCGGCGAGCGCUGAUGGAAGUAGAGUGUUUAGAAUGCCUUUGCUACCACUCGAGUGCCUUCAUGAAGGCAAAGAUGUUCGACGAGAUGAAGCGUGUUCUGCGCCUUCUGGAUGAGAUGGCGUUGGAGGCGAAGGAGAAGGGAUCUGAACCGCACAGGAAGAGACUGCAACAUUUAUCUCACCUGAAGCUUCAGAUUCUCGCAGCUGUUUGUCACGACAGCGUGCAGAACAGAAAGCCACAAGAUAAACUCUACACACCAGAGAAUCAUUCUAGUCUCCUCUGCCUCCGUCCCCAGCCUCCUGAUAACGAAUCGCAUCCCGACGAAGCUGUGAACAAUUUGGAAGACUCCAGAGAGAAUGAGGAGAGAGCAGAAGGUCGCCUGGCAAACUGUGUCCUCCUCUCUCAUACCAACUUGGAUGCAAAUCCCUCCCACUACAAGUUGGACAAGGGAGAUGAUCGCUCGGAACCAACGCUUCACGGGGGAUCUGCGAGCAGAAAGACUGCAGCGGGAGCUGAAACCUCCUCCUCCACGUCGAUUAGUUUCAGACUGGACAGAUUUUCCGACGCUGAUCCAGCAAGCUCCUUGACGAGGACCUGCUGGGCCUUCAUCUCGACCAUCAAGGUUCUUGGCAGAAACAGCUUGCUGCCUGUCUUGUACGGGCCUCAUAUCCUGACAGAGAAGGAGACAGGAGCUUCUCAAACAUCAGUUUGCAAGCCUAGAGCUGUCGGCGCCGCCAAGGACAUGGCGACAGUCUGA